AAUCANAAAAAAAAAUCAAACCCUACCAAGAAUCCAAACACACACCCAUAUCACUAAAAAGGGAUUGAACUAUAUACACACAUCUAUAGGAGUAUCUAAAUUCUUUCACAUGUAUCCAGGUGGUUCAGUGUGAGAGCACUUGUCAUUUGCCAAUUUCUAAAUUUAAAGCACUAAUUUUCUUUUUCAUUGUCUUGGUUCCCAGUCAAUGCAAAGCAGCCAUGCCAGACCUAUGUGAUCUGCAAAUCCAUGUCAAUGGCCAACAAACAUUCUUUCUCCACGAGAAAGUACUUUCAAGAUUCUGUGGGAAGUUGAGGAAGAUAAUAAAGGAAGAGAAGAGAAGAAAUCAGAUAAGGAAAUCAGGCAUUGAGAUUGAUGAUUUCCCAGGUGGGGCUGAAGGCUUUGAAUUAGUUUCAAGAUUCUGUUACAACAAUGGCAGCAUCAUAAUAACUGUCUCAAAUGUGUCACUCCUCCAUUGCUGUGCUGUCUCUCUUGGGAUGACAGAGAAAUUGUCUUCUUGCAAUCUCUUGCAUCAAACUGAGACUUUUCUUGAAGGAUUAUUUGACUGGUCAUGGGCUGAUAUUCUCACAUCUCUCAGGACUUGUGAAUCUUUCUUCUCAUUUGCAGAUUCUUGUGGACUAAUUCAGAAGCUCAUGAAUUCACUUCUUGCCAAGAUUGCUCAGAAUUCUGAUGUUAGUGUCCUUUUUGCUUCGUCCUCUUCAUCAUCCUCUUCUCCAGAUACUCCUAAUGGCCUCUUCCUCAGAACCCCUUCUUCUUCUUCAUCAUCAAACAAAGCUGCUUGGUGGUUUGAGGACUUAACCAUUUUAUCCCCUAAAAUAAUACAACAGUUUCUCAAGACUUUAGGGGCUUUUGGGAGUGACAACAACAACUUAGUCCUCACUAGAUUUCUUCUUCAUUACUUGAAAACAGCAACCCAAUGCAAAGGUAAUAACAACAAUCUGAUUUCAAGCUCAGAGUACACUGGUCUAGCAGAUACAGCAGUUCAUGGAGUGGUUUUGAUGGGAAAGACAGCAUUUUCUUGCAGAAGUCUGUUUUGGGUACUGAGAAUUGUUUCUGGAUUUGGGCUUAGCAGAGAAUGCAGGGCUGGAUUAGAGAAAUUAAUAGGGGGAUUGCUUGAUCAAGCAACCUUAGAUGAUUUGCUAAUUAGUGGGCAUAAUGGGGGUGCUUAUGAUGUUAAUCUUGUGGUGAGUUUGAUUAGAUUGUUUGUUCAUCAUGAUAAAGUUGUUUGUAUACCAAGAAUGAUGAAAGUUGGAAGGUUGAUAGAUAAUUACUUGAGAGAGAUAGCACCUGACCAAAGCCUAAAAAUCUCAAAGUUCCUCGCCAUAGCAGAGAGUUUGCCAGAUUAUGCAAGGGAUAGCUUCGAUGGGGUCUACAGAGCCAUUGAUAUCUAUCUUGAGUCUCAUCCAGCCCUUCCAUUAGAAGAAAGAUCAAGACUAUGCAGAUGUCAAAACUAUGACAAGCUAAGCCUUGAAGCAUGCAAAGACCUUGCAAAAAACCCCAGAAUCCCACCAAGAAUUGCCGUUCAGGCACUUGCUUCUCAGGGUUCAAAUUUUGUGAAGGAAAAAGAUACAAAAAAGAAGAAUAUUAAAAAUCCUAGCAGCAUGAAAAAUAGUACUCAAAUGGUUUUGUACAAGAAAAAUAAGAGUGAGAGCUCUAGUACUUGUGCGAGUGAUUUCUCCCCUGUAGAUGUUGGAGAAGAUGCAGAGAGUGAGCAUAUGAGACUAAAUCUGCAAAGAAUGCAAUGGAAAGUUGUGGAAUUGGAGAAAGUUUGCCGGGAGAUGAAAGGCCAAAUGUCAAGAAUGGUGAAAACCCCUUCACAUAAUAGAGCUUUACCUAGGCUUUGUUGAAUUGAUUUCCCAACUCAAUAUAAAAAGCAAAUUAAAAAGAGAGUGACAUAUAUUGAUAAUUCAUAUAUGUGGUAAUUCUUUUUCCCAUUUGUAUGUUUUAAAAGCACGUAUUGUCAAUUUCAUAUUCCAAAUUCUAUA